AGGCCGCCGUGUUUGAGAAGUCCAGCUCCCCGCUGGAGUUCGCCAAGGUCACUUCCCGAUGAUGACAGUAAACAUGGAUGAUGUUCCCCAAAACGGACCCAGACCGCCCCGGAACCUCCAAGAUGACGAGGAGGCGCUCCACUCCAUCAUGAAGGACCUGGCAGCCCUGGGGUGUUGUUACACGCAGAACAGCCACAAGCCCAAGAGCAGAAGUUCACUGUACAAACAGGACUUGCGAGUCAAGCUGGAGCAUGAGAGAGAAAAACGGAUCAUCCCCUUCCAGAGGCCUCUGAAGAUCAAGGAGCUGCUGCAGAAAGUGACAGAAGCCUUUGGCCAGCAGAUGGAGAUGUUCUUCACGGAGAAGGAGCUGCUUCUGCCCCUGAAGACCCAGGAGGACUUGGACCAGGCCGUCUUGUCUCUGAGCUGCAGCACCGCGACCAGCGGCCUGCUCAGGAUCCUGCUGAAGACCCCCAAGAACAACCACUACCUGCAGGUGACCAGCAGAGACAAGCAGAGCGAGAUGAGGUCGUCGCGUUCGCUGGGCGACCUGAAAGGCUCGCUACUGAAGGGCUCGGAGAGAGUGCGCAAACAUUCCACAGGGUCCCUGCACACGGGCCGCACGUCGCCGCCCCCAGGCAGCGUCCCCGAGGAGCAGCAGCAGAUCGCCCGCCAGGGCUCCUACACCAGCAUCCACAGCGAGGGCGAGUUCAUCCCCGAGACUCAGGACCUCGGCAUGCUGGAUCACUUUGGCAGCGCGGGAAACUCGCUGUCGAGCAGCUGUCAAUCAAUCGACCAGGCGCUGGACAGUCCACCUUUCUCACAGAACAACCGUGACAACAAUUACAUGAACCUCAACUACGAAUACAAAGGACGCCACGGGAAAGGAGGAACUUUCCCCCGCCAGCUGCAGCUGCCCAGUCGGAGCAAAGACUACGGAGAUCGUCGCAGGACACUUCCGCGCAGCUUCAUGCCGCAGGAAAACCUGUUCCAGCUGGUUCCUUCCAGCCGCACGCGCAGCUACAACGGAGACAGCACCUUGCAGUACAGCGAGCUGCGCCAGCGCGGCACGGCCAAAUCGCCGCGAGCGCCGGUCAACUGGCGGCAAGGCAAGCUGCUGGGCCGCGGCGCCUUCGGGGAGGUUUACCUGUGCUACGACGCCGACACGGGCCGCGAGCUGGCCGCCAAGCAGGUGCCCUUUGACCCCGACUGCCAGGAAACCAGCAAGGAAGUCAACGCUCUGGAGUGCGAGAUCCAGCUGCUGAAGAACCUUCGCCACGAGCGCAUCGUCCAGUACUACGGCUGUCUGCGGGACCUGGACCACAGGAAGCUCACCAUCUUUGUGGAGUUCAUGCCCGGGGGCUCCAUCAAGGACCAGCUGAAGGCGUACGGGGCGCUGACAGAGAAGGUGAGCAGGAGGUACAGUCGUCAGAUCCUGCAAGGUGUGUCCUACCUGCACAGCAACAUGAUCGUGCACAGAGACAUCAAAGGCGCCAACAUCCUGAGGGACUCUACAGGGAACGUGAAGCUGGGAGACUUCGGGGCCAGCAAGCGCAUCCAGACCAUCUGCAUGUCUGGCACGGGCAUCAAGUCUGUGACCGGCACCCCCUACUGGAUGAGCCCGGAAGUCAUCAACGGCGAAGGAUACGGCCGCAAGGCGGACGUGUGGAGCGUGGCGUGCACCGUGGUGGAGAUGCUCACCCAGAAGCCCCCCUGGGCCGAGUACGAGGCCAUGGCGGCCAUCUUUAAGAUCGCCACCCAGCCCACCAAGCCCGCCCUCCCGGAGGGCGUGUCCGACGCCUGCAGGGACUUCCUGCGGCAGAUCUUCGUGGAGGAGAAGUGGAGGCCCACCGCCGACGCCCUGCUGGCCCACGCCUUCGUGCAGGGCGGCUUCUGACCCCGCCCACCUGACUCAGGUCAGGCCGCCGGGGGGGACUCUGUGACGUGAGGGGGCGUGGCCUGAAUGGCGAGAAAGCACUUUUGCGGCCUUCUUUUCCCACUCGACAAAAAAAAGACUUCUUGAAGUAUUGUUUGUACUGUAAACCUUUUCCUACUACAAGCCCCGCCCUUUUCUUAUUUCCUACUACAAGCCCCGCCCUUUUCUUAUUUCCUACUACAAGCCACGCCCUUUUCUUAUUUCCUACUACAAGCCACGCCCUUUUCUUAUUUCCUACUACAAGCCACGCCCUUUUCUUAUUUCCUACUACAAGCCACGCCCUUUUCUUAUUUCCUACUACAAGCCACGCCCUUUUCUUAUUUCCUACUACAAGCCACGCCCUUUUCUUAUUUCCUACUACAAGCCACGCCCUUUUCUUAUUUCCUACUACAAGCCCCGCCCUUUUCUUAUUUCCUACUACAAGCCACGCCCUUUUCUUAUUUCCUACUACAAGCCACGCCCUUUUCUUAUUUCCUACUACAAGCCACGCCCUUUUCUUAUUUCCUACACACACUUUUUAGCAACACGCCUUACGACAACGUUUGUACGCCAACAUUUGUACGCCAACGUCGUCCUGAUGGUCUGCUGACUUUGCACUUUGUCAUCAAUAAUCACUUUUUUAUAUCACCUUCAUUUUAUACUCUUUUUAUAUACACGCUCCACAUUGUGGCCAUGACGCAAUAGUGUGUGUCCUUUGUGUGUCGAUGACGCAAUAGUGUGUGGCCAUGACACAAUAGUGUGUGGCCAUGACGCAAUAGUGUGUGGCCAUGACACAAUAGUGUGUGUCCUUUGUGUGUCGAUGACGCAAUAGUGUGUGUCCUUUGUGUGUGGCCAUGACGCAAUAGUGUGUGGCAAUGACACAAUAGUGUGUGUCGAUGACACAAUAGUGUGUGUCGAUGACACAAUAGUGUGUGUCCUUUGUGUGUCAUGACGCAAUAGUGUGUGGCCAUGACGCAAAAGUGUGUGUCCUUUGUGUGUGGUCAUGACGCAAUAGUGUGUGGCCAUGGCGCAAAAGUGUGUGUCCUUUGUGUGUGGUCAUGACGCAAUAGUGUGUGGCCAUGAUGCAAUAGUGUGUGGCCAUGACACAAUAGUGUGUGUCCUUUGUGUGUGGCCAUGACGCAAUAGUGUGUGUCCUUUGUGUGUCGAUGAUGCAAUAGUGUGUGUGGCCAUGACCCAAUAGUGUGUGGCCAUGACGCAAUAGUGUGUGGCCAUGACCCAAUAGUGUGUGGCCAUGACGCAAUAGUGUGUGGCCAUGACCCAAUAGUGUGUGGCCAUGACACAAUAGUGUGUGUCCUUUGUGUGUGGCCAUGACGCAAUAGUGUGUGUCCUUUGUGUGUCGAUGAUGCAAUAGUGUGUGUGGCCAUGACCCAAUAGUGUGUGGCCAUGACGCAAUAGUGUGUGGCCAUGACGCAAUAGUGUGUGGCCAUGACACAAUAGUGUGUGUCCUUUGUGUGUCGAUGACGCAAUAGUGUGUGUGGCCAUGACGCAAUAGUGGGUGGCCAUGACACAAUAGUGUGUGUCGAUGACGCAAUAGUGUGUCCUUUGUGUGUGGUCAUGACGCAAUAGUGUGUGUCGAUGACGCAAUAGUGUGUGUCCUUUGUGUGUGGUCAUGACGCAAUAGUUGAUGGCCAUGACACAAUAGUGUGUGUCGAUGACGCAAUAGUGUGUGUCCUUUGUGUGUGGUCAUGACGCAAUGGUGGGUGGCCAUGACACAAUAGUGUGUGUCGAUGACGCAAUAGUGUGUGUCCUUUGUGUGUGGUCAUGACGCAAUAGUUGAUGGCCAUGACACAAUAGUGUGUGUCGAUGACGCAAUAGUGUGUGUCCUUUGUGUGUGGUCAUGACGCAAUAGUUGAUGGCCAUGACACAAUAGUGUGUCGAUGACGCAAUAGUGUGUGUCCUUUGUGUGUCAUGACGCGAUAGUGGGUGGCCAUGACACAAUAGUGUGUCGAUGACGCAAUAGUGUGUGUCCUUUGUGUGUCAUGACGCGAUAGUGGGUGGCCAUGUCGCAAAAGUGUGUGUCCUUUGUGUGUGGUCAUGACGCAAUAGUGGGUGGCCAUGACACAAUAGUGUGUGUCGAUGACGCAAUAGUGUGUGUCCUUUGUGUGUCAUGACGCAAUAGUGUGUGGCCAUGACGCAAAAGUGUGUGUCCUUUGUGUGUGGCCAUGACGCAAUAGUGUGUGUCAAUGACGCAAUAGUGUGUGACAAUGACGCAAUAGUGUGUGUCAAUGACACAAUAGCGUGUGGCCAUGACGCAACAGUGUGUGUCCUUUGUGUGUGUUGAUGACGCAAUGGUGUGUGUCGAUGACGCAAUAGUGUGUCUCCUUUGUGUGUCAUUGACACAAUAGUGUGUGUCGAUGACACAAUGGUAUGUGUCAUUGACGCAACAGUGUGUCGGUGACGCAAUCGUGUGUGUCAUUUGUGUGUUUCAUUGACGCAACAGUGUGUGUCAACGACACAAUAGAAUGUGUCAUUUGUGUGUGUCCUUGAUGCAAUAGUGUGUGUCAUUGACGCAAUAGUGUGUGUCAAUGACGCAAUGGUGUGUGUCUGUUAUGUGUGUCAUUGAUGCAAAAGUGUGUGUCCUUUACGUGUGUCAUUGACGCAAUGGUGUGUGUUAAUGACGCAGUAGUGUGUGUCGAUGACACAAUAUAGUGUGUGUUGAUGACGCAAUAGUGUGUGUCCUCUGUGUCAUUGAGGCAAUAGUGUGUGUCGAUGACACAAUAGAAUGUGUCAUUUGUGUGUCUGUGUGUGUGUGUGUGUGUGUGUGUGUGUGUGUGUGUGUGUGUGUGUGUGUGUGUGUGUGUUCAUGUCCAUUGCAGCUGCUGGCCAAAGAAGAGAAUGUGUAAGAAUCACAUUCAGUUUGUUGUUAUUUACAGUAUUACUACAACACCCCAAAAGCAGUGAAGUUGUCACGUUGUGUAACUGCUAAAUGAAAACACAAUACAAUGAUUUGCAAAUCCUUUUCAAUGGGAGACAGGUCUGGACUACAGGCAGGCCAGUCUAGUACCCGCACUCUUUUACUAUGAAGAGUGUUGAAACACGUGGCUUGGCAUUGUCUUGCUGAAAUAAGCAGGGGCGUCCAUGGUAACGUUGCUCGGAUGGCAACAUAUGUUGCUCCAAAAGCUAUAUGUACCUUUCAGCAUUAAUGGCGCCUUCACAGAUGUGUAAGUUACCCAUGUCUUGGGCACUAAUACACCCCCAUACCAUCACACAUGCUGCCUUUUACACUUUGCGCCUAUAACAAUCCGGAUGGUUCUUUUCCUCUUUGGUCCGGAGUCCACAGUUUCCAAAAACAAUUUAAAAUGUGGACUCGUCAGACCACAGAACACUUUUCCACUUUGCAUCAGUCCAUCUUAGAUGAGCUCGGGCCCAGCGAAGCCGGCGGCGUUUCUGGGUGUUGUUGAUAAAUGGCCGUAGAUGGUCGAAAUCCCUAAAUUCCUUGCAAUAGGAAUUGCAAUUAGCCCGUUCACCUGCGGGAUGUUCCAAGUAAGUGUUUGAUGAGCAUUCCUCCACUUUCUCAGUCUUUUUUGCCACUUGUGCCAGCUUUUUUGAAACAUGUCGCAGGCAUCAAAUUCCAAAUGAGCUAAUAUUUGCAAAAAAUAACAAAAGUUUACCAGUGUGAAUAUUAAAUAUCUUGUCUUUGCAGUCUAUUCAAUUGAAUAUAAAUUACUGUAUUCUCUUUUUAUUUAGCAUUUCCACAACGUGACAACUUCACUGCUUUCGGGGUUUGUACUUUCCUUUUUCUUCUUCCUCUACGAGGCAGCUGCCGAUGCAAUGUUGUGUUGUUGUUGUGUUGCUGAGACAAAACGGAGGACAAAAGUGUCGAUCACACGUGACACUUUGAACAAAAAUGAUCAAAUCUUUUUAUUUGGCCCUGGUCUGUGCCUUAUACUUCUUGUAAAAACAACUUAUUUUAUAUGAAACAAAUAUAUAUAAAUAUACUGUAAAUACACAUUGUUCUGCACUUUUCUAUGACCUUUAUUCCUUUUUUUGAAACGCUCCAAAGGCUUUGAAUUUGUCUUCACAAUUCAAACUGUAUUCUUUUGUACAUUUAACUUAAUAAAUCAAAGGUCCAAGUCCCUUUCCCCACCUGGCUCGUCUUUGUAUUCCCUCCAAACACCCAGCAGUACACCUGAUGAAAAGGAGCAGGAAGAAGCUAAGUUUAUUUUUAUUCUACCUUCUCUGAUUGUUCUUUCUUUUUUUACUGUGAGCACAACUACUAAAAAAAUACUCUCCAUCUUUGUACAACAUCUAAAAAAUACAUGCUUGGUGUGUGUAGGAAAAGAAGCAGGAAGAAGCAGAAUUCAGAAUCGAUUCAAACCGAUUCUCGCAAUGUAUUAUUUGCCAUAAUAUUUAUGAACUCCACAGACACACAAGUAGAAAAAAAAAAAAAAAAGUCUUUAAUUAAAACACUCGCAAGUA